AUGAGCUAUUUAAAUAAAUAUAUUGAAUUUAUAAAAAAAUUCUCAAAUAUUGAGUUUUUUAAAAGAUAUGAUAAAUUUGCACAUAAAUUUCAACAAAGCUUUAGAUACUUGCAUUAUGUAUUACAAAGUCAUAACAAAGUAAAUAAUAGGAAGAUAUUGUUUUAUGCCUUUGGUAAUAUAUUUCUUUCUUCUAAGAGAUCUUCAUAAAAUCAUUUAAUUUAUUUAGGAUCAGCUUUUUUUUCAGGAACUUUGUUAUGCAUGCUUAAAUACCCCUAAUCCAUACCUUCUAGAUUAGGAACUGGAUUGAAUUUGGAUACAGUUGUUGAUUAUUUGUAAAGUGCAUAAGAACCAGAAUUGAGAAAUAAUUAUUCAACAGACAAAAUACUUGAAGAAGCUUUAAGAACAGAUAAAUUAGAUGAUAUAUUUUUAACUCAACUAGGACUAUUAUGCACAGAAAAUGGAAAACCUGAGUUUGCAUUUUAAUGUUAUCAAAUUUUACAUAUGAGAAAUCAUACUAAAUUUAGAACAAACUCAGACUUAUAAAUAGAAACUAAUCCUAAAUAAGGAAAGGCAUAACAUUCAGAAGAUUAAGAAAAAGUAGAUGUUAACGAAGUGUUAGAAAGUAUUUCUUGA